AUGGCAGACUCACACGAAUUUGGCCAGUCGACCCCGCCGUUGUAUGAGUACAUUCAGGAAAUUCUCAACAGGUAUCCAGACGGGGGGCAGAUUCUGAAGGAGUUGAUCCAGAACGCCGAGGAUGCCGGAGCCAGUGAGGUGCGGUUUCUGUACGACCGGACCCAGUACGGCACCCGGACGCUCCACUCUCCCAAACUGGCGCGGUACCAGGGCCCGGCCCUGUGCGCCUACAACGACGCCCGCUUCACCGAGCAGGACUGGAAGAACCUCCAGAAGACGUCCAGGAGCGCGAAGAAGGCCGACCCCAUGAAGAUAGGACGCUUCGGGCAGGGAUUCAACUCCGUGUACCAUCUAACAGAUCUUCCGAUGAUCCUGAGCGGAUAUUACGUCGCCAUCUCGGAUCCGCAGGAGGAUAUCUUCAUCGUAAAAGGCCGAACUCAAGGCGGCCGUAGAUGGCACCUACAGAAACAUGCGGAGGAGAUUCAGAGCCUACAAGACCAGUUCUCUCCCUUCAAGAACCUCUUCGAGUUCGAGGGUGCCGAAGAUCCCUUCAAGACGGGAUUCUUCAACGGGACCAUCUUCAGAUUCCCCUUGAGACAGAAGCAGUCAAAAAUCUCUGCGACCCUCUAUGAUGAUGGCAAGAUUGUGGACUUGUUCGACUCUUUCAAGUCAGACGGCGACAUUGUCCUGCUGUUCCUGCAUCACGUGCGGUCUGUCAAGCUGAUGACCAGAGAAGAGUCGGGUCAAAGAGUCCCAAAGUACUGCGUUUCCAUGAGCAUCUCCUCUGAACAAGAAGGGGCCUCCAGUUUCCAUGCUGCCGUGGAAGAAGCUCUGAAGGUACCAAUAGAAGACCGAGACACGGUCGUUAGUACCUGCCGAUUCUCAAUGACAGUAGGUGAUAUACCGACCCAAGACUGGCUCGUCACAAGCUACGUGAAGGGCCGGGGGAUCUCGGAAGAGGCACAGAAGCUGUCUGCAGAGCUCAGCUUGCUUCCGUGGGUAGGAGUGGCGAUGCCGAUGGCCGCUGGUGGAGGUAGAAAGUUUGCCGGGCGGACGUUCUGCUGCCUGCCGCUGCCUGCAGAACCUGAGCUGUCCACCGGCCUGCCUGUCCACGUGCACGGCUUCUUCGGCGUCAGCGACAACAGGAGGAGUCUGAAGUGGACAGGGACGGACCAGAAGAGCGACUCCGCAGCGAGGUGGAACGAGGUUCUGGUACGGGAGAUCCUGCCGUCUGCCUACUGCCGCCUCGUCACGGACGCCACGCACUGCUGUGACAAAGAUGCCCUCUACCGGGCGCUCCCGGAGAUGCACAGCACGGCUCAGCACUGGCGCGAAGCCCUCAAACCGUUCUUCAACAUUGUGCUCAACCAGAAGGUUGUGUGGACACCGGUACCUGAAAACAGAGGGAGGUGGAUCACGCCGAGAGAUGCAGUCUUCAACAGGACGUCUGUUCCAACUGCCGUUCUGGAGUACCUGGUCGGUGCGGGACUAGACGUGGUGACGCUGUCUAAUUAUAAACACGUCAUGCAGGCAGUCGACCACACGUUCUCCCGCUCCUCUCUCAAAGAAGUCACCCCAGAGCUGCUGAGAACACCCAUGAAGACAACGGGCGUGCAGAACGGUUCCAGAAAGCAGAAACUGGCCUGGCUACAGUACGCCCUCGACGACAAGAAGUAUGACGCGAUGGAAGGGAUCGAACUCCUUCCGUUGGCCGACAAGACCUUCACAACGUUCUCGACAAAAGAAGACAAAACGAUCUUCAUCGAAUCUGAAGAGCAUCCCAGGACACUCCUCCCGGGUCUCAGUGGUCGUUUUCUGGACACGGACAUCAACAAACCAACCCUACACCAUCUGCAGAAGGCUGCGACAGAGGCAGAAGGAAAAGCGCAGCUUCAGCAGCCCUCAGCGGAUUGGUUACCCCAGCUAUGGCAGUAUCUACAAGCUCACUUCGCCGACGAUCUCAGCCCCUUUGUCGGCCUUCCUAUCCUCCCCGUAGUCGGGACGAACGCGACUACUCUGGUCCGACUGGAACAACCCUCGACGGUUAUCCGCCCCAAAUAUGGGGAAACGACGGUGCCUGACGUCAUCAAGAGCCUUGUCUGUGACGUGGGUGCCACGGUGCUCGAGGACGCCCCGCCUUACCUGAGCCACCCGAAGCUUGAGGAGUUCAUCCACCGCUGCACCCCGGCCGGGCUGCUGAGGCUUCUGAUUGCCGUCGGGGAGGACAAAGUAAUCCCAAAGGUCGACGCGUUGAGCGCCGAAGCUAAAGGCGCGUUACGGGCUUUCUUUUCCAAAGGAGACGAUCUCCACGCCAAGGAGCGCAGCCUUCUGGCCAAACUACCCAUCUUUGAAGCUGUCGAUGACACAAACUUGAAGGCAAGCUACCUGGCAGCCUUGGAUCCCGGAGGAACGACGCGACAGAUCGCUCCAGACCUGACUACUGACCCCCUCCCUAAAGGUCUAUCCUUUCCUACUACCCUCAUCGUCACUAAAGACCUUGAAUCACAGGCUCUUGGGCGGCUUCUUGGUCUACAAAAUUUGAGUACAACAGAGCUUAUGGCAGGGAUGAUAGAGAAGGCUCGCCGCGGCGACUACUCAACAGAACAGACGGACUCUCUCAUGCUGUGGGUCCUCAGGAGUCUCCAUACUUUACGGUCAAAGGAUCCGAGCAUCAUUGAGAAAAUCCAAACUUUGGCAUUCGUGACGACCAACAGCAACACCAAAGACAAAGUGGCCCCGACCGAGCUAUUCAGCCCUGAGGCGGCGGACUCCGAUGUGCUACUGGGCGAACCAGUAUUCCCAGGACCACCGUACGCAGACAGGGACAUACUGACAUCUUUGCUAGUGCUUGGAAUGCGACAGAAGGUUUCUGCACAGGACAUUCUAGGCAGUGCUAAGAACGUACAGGCCUUCUAUGAUUCUGGAAAGUUGACCCUGCCCGAUGCAAAACGAAAGGCCGCUGCAAUCAUGUCCGUUCUUGAUCACGUUAUGCUCACGACUCUCGUCAACGGCGUGCUCCUUAAAACUGCGCUCAUGGACGUGAGCUUCUUACCAGUCUGCUCAGAAAGACCCAAGUCCUAUCUGCCUGGACUGCAGUGGUAUCCCGAGGCAAACAGCACCGCUUUUGUAAGCCCAAGAGAUGCCCGAGGCUCGGAGUGUGCAGAGCUCGUCGGCGCGACCAUGCCGAUUGUUGAUGACGGGAGGACAUCUGUUGACUUCAUCUCUGCCUUCGGAUGGGACAAGGGCAGACUGCCGAUCGAGAAAGUCGUCGGACAGCUCGAGACGGUAUGUCGACAUUACAAAGAGUCAACACGCCCUGACAAGCACCGUGUUGUACAGAUGUUGACCGAGAUCUAUCAGUACAUUGACGCUAGACUAAAAGCAGGAGAGACAGUUGCCAUACAGUUACUGUCUUCCCCAGGUUUCCUUCCAUGGAUCUGGCAGGGCGACGGUCUGGCAGCGCCGAACGCAGUGGCGCUGACCUCCCAAUUCAACAUCAACCUUGCACCAUACAGAUUCAUUCUGCCGGAGGAAUUCAGUAAAUUCAAGCACAUGUUCAGUAAGGCUGGCGUCAAGGAGAGCCUUGACCAAACGGACCUGGUGGAAAUGUUGUACGAAAUAAAUCAACAAGAGCCAAAGAUGCCGACAGAAUUAGAAAGAGAUCUGAAGUUAUCCGUGGACAUCAUAGGCUGGUUAGUCCACCACCUUGAUCCUAGCAUCCUUGAAGAGGUACGGGACAAGAUAUUGGUGCCCAUAGCAACGAAGGACAGCUCUCGUCUGGUGUUGGAACCCGUGAGCGCGUGCACGUACAACGAUGAAUCUUGGAGCGAUGCGCAGGAAAUACUAGAUGACGACGCGGAUGGAGAAUUCAAGCUUCUCCACGAACUGAUACCGUUAGACACAGCACGACGACUGGAGGUGCCGUCUCUUAGCCAGCGGGUCGUCAAUGCCGAGGAAUUUGGGUUCGACCAGUGUGGGCAGUACGAGAAAGUCACACAGCGUCUCAAGAACAUAUUGAACGACUACCCCGAGGGAGCUGGGAUCUUCAAAGAACUCAUUCAAAACGCGGACGACGCUGGAGCAACGGAAGUGAAGUUCCUUGUCGACUGGCGGAAGAACGAAGACUCCAGGGAGGGUCUGAUCGACCAAGGCAUGGAGGUGUGCCACGGACCGGCGCUGUGGGCGUACAACAACGCCACGUUCCGCGAGGAGGACUUCAAGAAUAUCCAGAACCUAGGAGGGCAAACUAAGCUGGAGGCCCUUGAGAAGGUGGGCAGAUUCGGGGUCGGCUUCAAUUCUGUGUACCAUGUCACAGACGUGCCGAGUUUCGUCAGUGGCAGUCGAGUCGUGUUCUUUGACCCACACGCCACGCACCUGUCAAAACACAUCAAAGAUAAGUCUAAACCAGGAAUCGGACUUGACCUGCAGAAGAACAAAAGGCUGGCAAGGUUCAAAAACCAGUUCAAACCGUUCCAGGGUGUCUUUGGGUACAGCAGCAGUUCCCCCUACCACGGAACGCUGUUCAGGCUCCCGUUAAGAACACCACAAGAAGCAGCCGUAAGCGAGAUUAGUAAGGUGUCGUACAGCGAGCCUUCCAAUGAAAACAUGGAAUCGCUACUCGAAAGCUUCAAGAAAGGCCUGAAACCUCUUCUACUCUUUACCCAGAAUGUCAGACAAGUAACGAUGUACACCCUGGAUGAGUCCGAAGACCCUUCGAGCAUGUUGGAAAAGUUCCACGUCUCAAAGUCGCCCGUGGAAUAUCUGCGUAAAAUGCAGAUCCAGUCGCCUUCUCACAGUCGCAGAUUAACUUACCCGUUCCAAAUUCAAAGCAACUGUCUGCUGGCGACGUCGGAAUUCAUGAAGCGCCAGGGAACUAACAGCACGAAGGAGUGUCCAGAAACAUCCAUGGUAGUCAAGGUAACCCGCCGAGAGGUGGAGGGCAAUGACGUGAGUGAGGAGUGGAUCAUUUCGUCCUGCAUGGGCACGUCGACAUCACUGCAGUUAGCUUUGGACGAGAGAGGGAAGAUGGCCGGGCUUGUUCCAUGCGGUGGCGUGGCAGCGUUGCUGAAGUCAAGUGAUGGCAGCAAUCAGGACGCCUCCAUGAACAGCCGUCCCCCAAACGGAGAGGCGUUCUGUUUCCUGCCCCUGUCUAUCCCAACAGGCCUGCCUGUUCACGUGAACGGCAGUUUCGCCGUCGCGUCCAAUCGCCGAGGGCUGUGGGAGGAGACGAGCACCGACCGGGACGACCUGAAGGUGCAGUGGAACAAGGCUCUUAUGGAGGACGCUGUGUGUAAGGCCUACAUCACAAUGCUUCUAGACAUCAGUGACAUGGCAAAGAAAGGGGUGCUACUAACUCCCUAUCAGUACUACAGCUUUUGGCCUAACCCCCUUCACAUUACUGGCAACACACACUACAGCGUCCUCGUGAAAGCUUUCUACGCUGCCUUGUCAUCCAGUGGAACACUUCCGCCUCUGUUUGAGUCUGGGGGACAGUGGUUGAGUUUCACAUCGGCAGUAUUCCUUGAUCCUGAAAUGAACUUUAAGUCAGGUGAAAAUGUUCCCGCCAAGAAGGCACUACAACAGUGUCUUCCGGACCACACUGUCGUUGAGGUGCCCGAGUGGGCACGGCAAGGAUUCGAACAGGCCGGGUGUGCCAAGCUUCUCUCCGAGCACACAUACAGAGAGGAGAGGUUCUACCGCAAACUGUUCUUCCCCAGGAUACACGAACUGUCUGGAAAAAUACGGGAUCCCCUGAUGCUCCGUAUUUUAGGCAGGGAAAACGGAGAAUACAAUGAAAUAAUCCGAACCACAGCCUGCAUCCCCACCAGCCCAAGAGGGCAAGAACUGUCCCGCCCUGGAGACCUCAUACAUCCCGAUGGAAAACUCUCUGCUAUGUUCCUUUCCGAGGAUCAGAGGUUUCCACACGGUUCCAAAGACACCUACCUGAAACCUUCCCGUCUGCAGGUGUUAACAGAACUGGGCAUGUGUAAGGAUGACGCGCCGUGGGAUGUCGUCAUCGAACGUGCAGAGUCGGUAGCUCCUUUGAACAAGGUCAAUCCGAAUGCGUCUCGCAAGCGAAUCGUCGCCCUGCUUGACUUCAUCGUUGGGAAAACGAAGGAGAAAAGAGACAAGAAAGGACAGAAAGGGCAGCAGCAACAGGCAGGAAAACAUCUGUCCACCAUUCCGUUUCUGCCUGUCAUGCAGAAGCCCCGAGAAUGGCCCUUUGGCUGGAAAGGGUCUGACUACCCCGCAGACGCCCUGCUUUAUGCCGCCGAACUUCAGCCCAGCAAGAACCACGAGAUUGCAGGCGUCUCCUGUCCGAUAAUGUGCAGUAGAAUUGUCACAGCAAAGAAGGGGAAACACAGCAGCACCUACACAGUGCCAACCAACCUCAGCAGCUUUCUUGGUCUGGAAGAUAAAUCCCCUAACCUGUCUGAGACCCUGGCAAACCUUAUGGCCAUCAUCGCCGUUGACAUGAAGACUCUCUCGAAGGAAGGUCUGGAUUGCACGAAACAAUCGUACCUCAAAACAUGUCAACACCUACAAAAUCUUUGUAAGGGUUCAAAAGACAACGAGAAUGAGAUUGGUACAAGACUGUACAAGACUCCGUUCAUCAUGAUCAUGAGCCAGACGACGAAGAGGUUUCUACUCCCGUCAGACGUGUCCUUUGACUUGAAGUUCACUUGCGCGCCCUACCUGUACCGCGUGCCGGAUGAACUGGCCACAGAACUUAGACAUCUCCUUUCUGUCUGCAAAGUCAAAACAGCGUUUGAAGCCUGCGACUUCUUACGAGCACUUGACCACCUGAAGGAAGACAGAGGAAACAAGAGGCUAAAAUCUCAUGAAGUCAACCUAGCGCUGCAACUGUUAAAAGUAGCCAGCGACCAGGAGAAAGGAGACAUCCAAAAGCAUAGCCUUUGGAUCCCGGACGAGACUGGCGUGUUGCGCCGGCCUUCUGAUGUAUGUUAUAAUGACUGUGCCUGGAUCAAACAGAGGGAAUGCAUGGUGUUCUGUCAUAAGGGCAUGACAAGAGACCUGGCUGUGGACAAGUUGGGAGUGAAGCCGGUACGACACAAGUCUCUGGAGGCCUACUCACACAACCUGUCCUAUUUUGGCACUGAUUUCGGCCAGGUGGAACAGUUGACCAACAGAAUCAAAAACUUACUGAAUGCUUACCCCUUCGGUAAGGAGAUCCUGAAGGAAUUGCUGCAAAAUGCCGACGACGCCGGAGCAACAGAAAUCCACUUCGUGUUCGACAAGCGUCAUCACGGCACCCAGUACAUCUUCGACGACACCUGGAAGGACCUGCAAGGACCUGCCCUGUGUGUUUACAACAACAGACCUUUCACAGAGGAAGAUCUAACCGGCAUACAGAACCUCGGAAAGGGCAGCAAGGGGCAUGAUCCGGUAAAGACCGGAAAGUAUGGAGUCGGCUUCAACGCGGUCUAUCACCUGACGGACUGCCCGUCCUUCAUGACAGGCAGAGACACGCUGUGUGUUUUCGACCCGCAGCUCCGCUUCGUCCCAGGAGCGAGACAGGAGUGCCCGGGACGCAUGUUACGGGACAUCGACGCCGACCUCAGAGAGCAAUACAAGGACGUGUUUGGCUGCUAUCUCAAGGACCGGCCCGCGUUCUCGUCUCCAGACAGCACCGUGUUCAGAUUCCCUCUACGCACGGCGACCAUGGCAGAGGGAUCCGAAAUCAGCAACGAAGAAGUGACGGAAGAAAAAAUUACGGAUCUCAUAGAUACAUUUAAAAAGGAGAGCUUUGAGGUGCUCCUGUUCCUCAACAGCGUGGAGAAGAUCAAGAUCUCCAUCAUUGAGACAGACGGAACUUCCAGUGAGUUCUAUCACGCGGAAGCACUCAUUUCGGAGGAGGCAAAGCAAGAUCGGCGGAAGUUUGCCGACUACGUGGCCGAAUGUGCUCACAGUAAAGAGCCUCUCCACGCAAUGCCAACUCACCAUGUCACGUACAACUUGGACCUACGUGACAACAGUCAGCACCAGGAGAGCUGGAUAGUGCACCAGAGAAUCGGAUUUGAGGACAAGGACAUCCCAAACAGCAUCAAGGAGGCCCGCGCGUCAAACGAGUUGGGUCUACUUCCAAGAGGGGGAACAGCUAUCUGCCACAGCGGCUGCAAACUCCCUCAUCUAUCAAAGGCUCAUCAUCAAUCAAAGAGUGAUCAGAAGUGUUAUCAUACGGGGCCCAAGCGUGCAUUCUGCUUCCUGCCGCUACCCAUCGAGACACGGCUCCCGGUCCAUGUGAAUGGCCAUUUCGCCCUAGACGAUGCUCGGAGAAACCUGUGGAGAGACGAGAAUGGCAGCGGGAUGAAGUCGGACUGGAACAAGACGCUGAUCAGAGAAGUCAUCGCUCCGGCGUACGCCGCAGUGCUGGAUGUGAAACGAGCAGCGGAAUUUGAGGAAGAACAGAAACCAUCGUCAGCGCCAAAGGCACGGGACAUCUACAAAUCACUGGAGUCAUAUCACAGUCUCUUUCCGUCCGUCUCAAAGACGACUGGGGGGUGGAAAGACCUGUCGAUAGCUUUCUACCAGCACAUCGACCGCAAACAUCUUCGCCUUUUGCCGGUUUUUCGGUCUACAGCCGAUGAUUGCAGACCCAAUGAUGGUGAGCCAGGAAGCAGCAGCCACCACCAGAUGACAUUGGAAUGGCUACCUCCAACUGGAGCUGGAAAAGAUGAGGCAUUUUUCAACACAUUGACGUACAAAGAUGCUGGGGGCACAGAGAGCGAUAAAAAGCGCAGAAAACAAGUCCUUGAAAACAGCCUCUUGGCCCUAGGUUUCAACCUGCUAGCCAGUCCAACAGGAAUUCUUUGCGCCUUCCAGCAAGCUGAAGUUGACGUAAAGGGAGUGAAGCCAGAGUCAGUGGUCGACUUUCUCCAGACGUACAAAGAUGACAAACCGCUGUGUCGUAUUGGAGCGUCGCUUCCUGCCCCGGUGUCCAGCACAAGUUUCAAAGAACCAGAUAACCUUCAAGUGGUUCUUCAUUACUGUUUGUCAGCAAAGAAACAUGCACUACAUGGCCUCCCUUUGCUCCUGACAGCGGAUAACAUUAUGAGGGUCUUCGACGUCUCAUGCCCCGUGUUUGCCACUAAAUACGCCGACCUCGUCCCAAGUGCGCCACACUUGUUUGUAGACUUGUCGUGCCUCUCGGACCUACCAAGGCAAGACACUGAUAAGUCAGUUCUUCCCUUCAAUAUCGAAGCUUUGUGUGACCUGUUGCCACGUGAACUGAACGAGAGUGUAUUCAGACAAGGGAACACUGUUGAAUGGAACCAGUCUCCCCCACAAUGUUGGAUAUAUCUUUUUUGGCAAUUCCUCGAUCAAGAAAUGCUAAAGAAGAAGUCAGAGACGAUCAAAACUUUGUUUGGAAACUGGGCUGUCUUGCCGGCUUGCACACAUUCACUGAAGAUGGGCCGUCACGGUGACUCAACCUACGAUAUAAGUAAAAUCCCUAUGGUGCAGCCAGGGAAACCUUACAUGGUCCCACUGUGCAAGGCCCACACUGUGGUGACUUUCGAUGUUGGAGCCUCAUCUUCACAGCAGAUCAAGGUGGCAAAAGCUAUGCGCAAGCUACACUGUCUGGAGCUGAACAUACAUAGUCUCCGUGGACCCCCGGACCGUCAAUUCAACGCAAAACCUACACAGUUCGCAAGACGUUUUGUCUCAUCUCUCACAAACCACGUAGGGAUUCUAAGAGUCCUGACUUCCCUAUUCGAUGCGCAAAGAGCCACCACGUCAACUCCCAUAGACUCCGACGACGCGACGGAACUGUUGAAGUAUUUCGAGGAAGAAGUAGACAAGCUCAAAGCUGAGGAAGCGAAUUUGGACAUGUUGCGAUCCUUGCCCUUGUACAAGACAAUCCACAAGAAACUCAUCAGCCUCACCGACAUAAGCCAGUGCCACGUACUGCCUGUGGGAAUACCAACAGCCGACAUGGACGAGUGGAUAAAGCGGUCAGACGCUGUCUUCCUUGAGAAAAUCCACAAGCUCGUGCGACUGCACAAAGCGUUGGGAUGCUCGGGGAUCACAGAUGCCGAGGUGUACCAACAGUACAUCUUCCCAAACAUGGACCACCUGAGUGAUGAUGCAGUGAAGGUGCACCUUGAGUACCUAAGAAAGAUGUUGAUUGGGUUGGAUACGGUGGGGAAGCAUGAACAAACAAAGAAGUCUUUGUUGGCAAGUCUACGAUAUCUACGCAUCAUCCCAUCGCAAGGAGGCCGAAGGCCCGUAAGUGAUUUCUAUGACGACGCCCAUCCCGUGUUCAGUGUAAUGGUCUCAGACGAGAACUUCCUUCCUGAAUAUUAUCGUAAGGAUAUGUUGAAAUGGAAACAGUUCUUAGUCGAAAUUGGGCUCAUUCACAAGGUAACGAACCAAAUGUUCCUGCAGUAUGCAAGGGAAGUGGAACACCAGGCCAAAGUAACCAGGAGCGAAGAGAGUCGAUUGGCAGAGAAAUCUGACGUUUUGGUCAGGCACUUCUUCACCAUGGAGAGUGUGCGGGACUUUGACUCGGAAAGAGGUUUCAUCGAAGACGUCUCUGGUAUCAGGUUCAUUGCACCUGUAAAGGCACGAAGUUCCCUGGUGAAGCUGCACAGUCAAUAUGGAGCCAAUGGCGACGUCCUGCCCUUUGUAUGCUUCAAGGAUUCUGUGGCUGUGCCGGAAGACAGACAAGAACUUUGCUGGACAAGGGCGAAUAUUCUACCCGAUAGUGUGACUCACGAGUUGUACUAUAGAUAUCGAGGAGAUACUGAGGCUUUGAGUCGUCGACUUGGCAUCCAAAAACUGCCAUCAAUGGACACCGUUACAGACCACGUCUCCUGCCUUUGCCAGCAUUUGGCUCAGCAGAAAGCCAACGAGACGGAAGAGGGAGCAAACUCACUCUCAGCCUGCAGAGCUCUUUGGAAAGUGAUGUUGCAAGUCUACGCAUUCCUUUCAGUGAAACCUUCUUAUGGCGAUUGGUUGAAGGAAAAAUUAGGGAACGUACCCUGCAUGGUGGUUGAAGAGGGCAGAAGACUUGUUCAACCAGAGCAAGUUGCCAUCAAUCUCGACCAAGGAGAUGAGAUUCGGCCAUACCUGUAUGGUAUGCCCAUAGAGCUUGGGCGAUACCACAAGCUUUUUGUCUCAAUAGGGGCUGCAGAAAAGCCAACGCCAAUGCAAUACGCAAAGAUUCUGGAAGCGCUGUAUGUCUCAUCUAGAGGCGAGCCCCUGAACCCCAACGAGAAGAAAGCAACCUACAGCGCCCUUUUUGGAAUGUUCCGUUGCCUGAGGUCUGAGUCGUCCAUUCAGUUCGGGCAAGGACAACCCUCCAAAACUCGAGAAGUGGAAGAUUCCUUUCACAAGUUACAGUGUCUGUACCUCCCCAGUCGCGAGAGCAGGCUGCUCAAAUCUACAGACCUUGUAUUCGACGAUACCCCGCAGUUCACAGACAGAGUCAAGGGCGGCUUCAACUACCCUAUCUUGGUUCGCUUGGAGCAUUGUCGCUUGUUUGCUGAUGAGCACGAGCUGAUCAGUCGACUGCCAUCUCAUCUCAGGCCCAAGAAUCUUAGCUCUCUCGUACAGGAACAACUUUGUGACGAAGACGAGCAAAUGUCUUGUGUGGCGGGCACCAAUUGCGUACUGGAGUCAAGACUAGCGUCGCUGUUCUUGAGCACCUACUUUCGACAUGCCAUAGUUCGUCUAGCGAAGCAUGCCUUCGAAAGAUGCGACGACAAGAAGGUCAUCACUGCUGUAGAAAAGUUUGUGUCGUCCGUCACAGUCUGCUGCAAACGUGAACUGGUCACUCGCCUUGUGUACAAGGAAUCACAGGAGGGAAUUGAAGGCAGCGAGGGCACGUCUUACUGUUUCAUCAAAGACAGCACCCUCUACGUGGCACAUACAGACGCAGGGUCUGAAGAGUACGAGUCUUUUCUGUGUGAUCUAACGGAGGUCAUCAACGAUGGUCUUGGGCGUCCACUCGUAAACCUUGUGCACCUCGUGAUGGUCUUGAAUGUGAAAGAUCCGUCUGAUAUUCCCAAGAAACUCGAUAGGGCAAAGAUAAAGCGUUACACUUCGGGUGAGCAAGAUGACUCUCCUCUACCAACCCUCGGCACCCCCAUUCCGGAAAUCUAUCACCACCUCCUGACGAGCAACCCAGCUCACUUCUUCACGCCCGGCGACUAUGUGGGGUUUGAGGUGUACGAUCCAGACUUAGAGUCGGAUUCGGAGGAGGAGGAGGAUGGAUACACCAUGACGUUUCUGUACGCACAAGUCAUCAAAGAAGCGCCGACAGACACUGAACUCAAGUUCGGUCUGGGCAGGGAGUAUGUCAUAGAUGUCGGAUACACAAAAACAGUGAGUGCGGCGGACCUCUACAAGUUUUGCCGCCCCAAUGUACCGGGGCCGCUCGUUCCGUACGAAGGAGAGACGGACCAAGAGGAUACCCCGGCAGCCAAACUACCUCAGAGUCUCGAAGACGCGACGGAAGAGGUCAGCAGCAUCUUGGAGGAAGCGUGGAAGCUGCCAGAAGCGGAGAGAAAGAAGGUCGUGAGGCGCCUCUAUCUCCAAUGGCACCCGGACAAGAACCCCGACAACGUGGAGUUGGCUACUGAGGUGACCAAACAUAUCCUGGCCGAAAUCAGCAGGCUUGAGAAGGGCCUUCCUAGGAGGACGAGAGGAGGGGCUGGGUCUACUGACGACUUCGAUUUCGGAGGCAGCAGCUUCAGUAGUUCCUUCAACAGAUGGAACGCCUACGCCGGGUACCACCGCCACCAGAGGGAGCAGUUUCACGAGCGGUACCGGGCCGGGGACUUCAGCGGCUGGCGGACCGGCUCGGGCCAGUGGGUCCCGCCUAGAUCGGACGGAGGUGGCAUCCCCAACCCACGUGAGGCGGCCCGCUGGCAUCGCCAGGCUGCAGCAGACCUACAAGCCGCUAGGGGCAACUUGAACGGUCCCGACGCCUCCUACGAGUGGACGUGCCUAAUGUGUCACCAGGCGGCAGAGAAAGCUCUCAAAGCUGUGCAACUGGGAAAGUUUGGCAGGUACGACAUGAUCCACCAGAUAGGCGGCAUGGGGAGGGCGCUGGAGGCCAGCUGCGGGGGUAAACUGGCCGGUGUCGGCGAUGCCGCCAUGGAGCUGUCGUCCCUCGGGUCGCACCUCGGGUGUGAUGACGUGUACCUGCGGGCCCGCUACCCCAACCUCCACCCGGCACCGAGGGUUCCUCACGACGCGUUCACCCGUCAGCACGCAGAAACCGCCGUCCGCCUGGCGCAGACUAUACUGGACAGGACGGAGGACGCACUAAACUAGCAAGCCUGCUCUCUGAACAUGGCACAGGAAGUAUGGAACCAACAAACCUAUUCUCCUAGCAGAUGUUUAGGAUUAUUCUUUGUUUUUGUUUUUAGGCAUUUUUAUCUAGCUUUUUUUUGUACUAGAAUUUUUGGCAAAAGUUGUCAUAGACAAAGCAAUAUUUGUUUGUAAUAGCAAAUAGAUCAUUACUUUGACCAGUAAGACUCUUUUUUCUUAGACCUUAGUAGAACUUCAUCAGCUCCGACGUACUUAGAUGCCAUAGACGAGCGGCCAACUUCGUAGAUUUUGGUGUGGAAUUCAAAAUGUUGGAUGUAAAAUCCCACUGGUUGUUGAAAGAAGACCCUUCUUGUACACAGAAAUUGGUGCCGAGAUUUUGCAGUAUGUAUAUUAGGUACAGUACUGUAGCAGUCUGCCUUCAGUA